AUGACUCAGGACACGACCCUCGAUACGACUCAUGGUCAUCAGUGUGAGAACGUGGCAUCAACUUCUUCUGAGAGAUCACUGCAUCCAUCGGUCGACUCGCCCGUCGAUCAAGCGAGUCUCCCCGUCCGACCUGAAAUCAGCUCUAGAGACCAGAUCGAAGGCACAUCUGUUGGUCAGCAAGCAGUUUCAGCCGGCAAUCGCUUACAGUCGACAAACAUUUGCUCUUCAAAUCAUGGAAACCCAAGGGAGGGCCCCUCUGCCGCACCCAGUGUUGACCAAAGUCCCAUAGCGGCUAGGUGCGAGGCACAAACUUACUUCCAAAAAGAAUUAGCACAUAAUCAUCGACUUGGGGCCUAUGAGCGUGAAGUUUUCCAAGUCGCACUUGACACUAUUUCGCGGUGUGCUAGAGGCAAUGAAGAACCCCCUGCUGAGACGGAAGAAUCUGCGCCAGACGACCGGGACCUUGGUCAUGCUUCAAUGUAUCCAUCUGACGAAGUCGUAUGCUUCCUUUCCACAGUGUCACAAACUAUUGCGGGUGCAUUCUAUUUUGAAAUCACCUCAUUCAUAUCUAGGACGUCUUUCGAACGCAUGGCUUACAGCCUCAUCGAUGGGCGGAGCUCAGAUUUUACCCGAGCCGAGUACCUUGUUUGCGUUAAUUUCUACAUGCUCACAUCGAUCGGACUAGAAGAGACAGAUCACAGUGAUUUGAUCAAAGAAAGGAUGCGGCUACUGCGAGAGAGGUACAGAAGGAAUGCGUUCAGGGCGCUCAAAAGCAUCAGUGUACUCAGUCCACCGAGCCUUUCCCUUCUCCAAGCUCUCCUGUGUGGUGCUAUGCUUUUUCUGAUGGCCGGUGAAAUCGCAAAAUGCGCGCAGUUAAGCUCGUUUGCGUGCCUUGUUUGCACUCAUCUCGGCGGACGUUUUUUCGCCGAUCUGGCUGCUAGUUCGUCGAAGGAAGAUUCCCUGGAGAUUCGCCAGUGCUUGAGCCACUGCUUCAUUAUGGACAAAUCUUUGGCAAUGUCACUUGGCCGUCGCUCAUUCUUGCCGGACAUGGAAGUGAACGCGACCUUGCUCAUGCCCGUGGUACCCGAGAUGCCGAGUGCGCCAGUAUCCAACAUAUACCUAGAGCUCGCUAAAGUGCAGGGUGAAAUUGCUCGUGAGAUGCGGCUGCAGCAGGGUACUUGCACGGGUGAAGCAGCAUUGGGUGUUGUUCAGGCCUUGCGGUCAAGAAUGGAGAUAAUUCGCUCAAAGUCUAUCGAAUACCGCUCUCAAUCGCCUCAGUGCACUGAUCCAUUUCUCCAAGUCGAAUGGAUGGGAGUUGAUUAUACGUAUUACAGCAUGGCGACAGCUAUCACUCGUCUUCAUCCAGCUUUCCAUGAUGACAAGUAUCUCCAAGAACUCUGCCUCGAAGAUGCCAGACGCUCUCUCCACGCGUUGAGAGAUAUGCAAAGACAUGGGCUUGAAUCUCACAGGGUCUGGAACGCCUAUUGUCUGUCUAUAACUUGGGUCGUACUCGUGUGUCCUAUUUGCCCCUUUUUGGCUCUCUUUUGUCACAUCAUAGAGACAUCGGCCUCGAGGGAUCUCCUACUCUUGGAGGAAGUGACGCACGGAUUGAUUAUUUUCGAAAAGUUUAGUCUUGCGAUCAUGAACGUGCGGAACUUAUUUCAUACCCUCGUGUGUCUAUGCAAGGAGCAUCUGAAUGGCCGCGAAGGUGUGACAGCUGCUGCAUCUCGCAUUUGA